AUGGCUGCUCGGUCCUCGUUCCAGAACGCGGCCAACCGCCCCAGCUCCUCUACAUCCGCAGUGCCCUCGCUCGCAGCCGUCGCCGAUCCGCCUGCCCGCCAUGUCGACGGCGCCGCGAUGGACUACUUCGUGAUCGAGAUGGUCAACUCCCUCCGCGCGUCCGCCGCCAUCGCCUCUGCGCGCAGGCGGCGGAACGAGCAAGAAAUGACAGAGGCUGGCCUCAUGCCUGCUCCAGCCGCUUCUGGCCCUGCACAGAAAAAGAGCCAGUUCCGCGACUCCAUAGUCAGUAACGCCUCUCACAACUCGCUCGCCAAAGACGCGAAAGAAGACGAAGAGGAAGAAGAGCUCCGUGCUCGCCUCGAAGCCAUAGGCAUGCACGUAGGUGCAAAUAUGGCCGAGUGCCUGUGCCAUGACCGCGGCCUUUUCUCCGAGCACCUCGAUGCCAUCAAGUUCAUCUGCAAGGAUCUGUGGAACGCUUGUUGGGAGAAGCAGGUCGAUAAUCUGAGAACCAACCAUCGAGGCGUGUAUGUCCUGCAGGACAACAGCUUCAAGCCACUCAACCGAAUAUCCGGCUGGGAGGGUCGCGGAGAGUCCCUUAGACGAGCCAGACUGUACGCAGCGAUGCCGGCAGGGAUCAUCCGCGGGGCCCUCGGAAGGCUCGGUUACCAGGCCUCUGUAACACCAGAAGUAACCACUCUCCCCCAAUGUACAUUCCAGGUCAAACUCCCAAAGGGUUCAUAA